ACAAGAGUCGAAGGAAUGAAGUUUGAAGGGAGGGAAAAAAAAACACAACCAGGAAGUUAAACAAAGAGACAACCUGCUAUUCUCUUCGUGUUGUGUCAAAUUCUCCACUUAAAAAGAAUUAAAUACGUUUAGUAACUUUGAAGAAAUUCUGCUCUGGGUUUCGGUCAAAGUGCUGGCAACAAGAUGGACUAUGACCCGGAGCGAGGGGGUGCUGUAGAAACGCCAGAACCGUUGAACAGGAUGGAGACCAUGAAGAAUGAGGUCGAUGGAGUCAAAAACAUCAUGACAGAGAAUGUGGACCGAAUCCUUGCUCGAGGAGAGAGACUGGAAGACCUCAUGGACAAGUCUGCCGACCUGCAAGCUGGGGCCCAGCACUUCAAGCAUACAUCCCAUAAAGUGGCUCGCUCGUACUGGUGGAAGAACGUCAAGCUGGUGGUGGUCAUCGUGGUAAUCGUCCUCAUCAUCGUCCUCAUCAUCAUCCUCCUGGCUACUGGCGUCAUCCCAGUCAGUGCGCCCGUGCCGCCUAUCGUCGAACCCACGCCCGCCACCAACCCUUAAGAAAAAGGCACACACAUGCAGUCAUUGUACAUACACACUUCAUUUAAUCAUGAACACACUCUUGAUGCACAGUUAUAGAGCAUUAGAAAAUUAUACAACAUAUUCAUUCAUUCAUUUUCUACCUACCGCUUUUCCUCACGAGGGUCACUCGGGUGCUGGAGCCUAUCCCAGCUGUCUUCGGGCAUGAGGCGGGGUACACCCUGGACUGGUUGCCAGCCAGCCAAUCACAGGGCACAUAUAGUCAAACAACCAUUCACACUCACAUUCAUACCUAUGGACAAUUUGAAGUCGCUAAUUAACCUAGCAUGUUUUUGGAAUGUGGGAGGAAACCGGAAUUAUAGAACAUAUUAAUAAAUGUUUUUUUUUUUUUUUUUAGGUGGAGUUGGUGACUUUUAAUUUAAUUUUUGGAACGUUGGCAGUUUAUACCCUUUAAAAAAAAAAAAUCUAGAUCCAAUUUUUUUUUUUUUUUUAUGUGUUAUGGUUAAUGGAUGCUGCACAGUUGUUACUUUGUACAUUCAUGAAGGAUCAUCCAGGCACUAUGUGGAUUGGAGAAGUAAAUAUGGAGGCCAAAGUACUACUUAUACUACCUGUACAAAAGGCAGCUUGUGUAGUUAGAAAAAUGCAGUGCUUAUUUUUAUUUGACCAUUUGUGUUGUUUUUUUGUUUGUUUGUUUUUGUGGCGUCGCAUAAUCGAGAAAAGCCGGUAAAUUAAACUUCAAGGCAUAUCAACGUUUAAAAAAAAAUGUUGAAAUUCAACCACCAGCUCCACCGUGAAGGCAAAACCGGACAAUGAUGUGACGGGAAAAUUACAUCAUUGUGAGGAAUGGGAUACUUUUUAAUCUCCCGUUUUCAUUUUAGCAGACACUUAAUCGUUUUUUGCGCUUCAUCGGCUUUUUGUGCGUUGUCGUGUGUAUCGUUUGAGUUAUUACUUUGUCUCCUUGAGUGUUGACGGGAAAGAAGAGCUUUAUCGAGGGAGGGUUGUUACAUUGUGUCAGUCGGCACAUCAUAUAUGUGCGCAUUUUUGUUCAAAAAAAUAUUUUAUUUCAUUUUUUUUUCCACAGAAAACACAUCUUAUUCGAUAUAAGUGGGUAAUAAUUGUUACACAGGAACAACAUACAGCAUAUAUUACUACUAUUACAUGUUUUUUUUUUUGAGUCAUUGAUCAUGUUUUUCGUCAAGCGUUGACAAUUCGCACUUUGUUCGGCUGUCCUUGAACACACCGUAGUUGUGUGUGCCGGGACGCUAAGGUUUGUUUGGCUACGGAAGCACUAGCUUGAACAGACACGGAUCAGCUUAUGUUAUGAUUCGUUAGCGGUGAGUAGAUCGAGUAGAUCACCUGCAUUGACAGAAAGGGGAGGGUUCUGGAACUGGCUCUAAUAAGUACAACAGUUGUUUUUAUUGCAAAUGUUGAUCUGAAAUUUGAUUUGAGGAGGGUCGUGUGUCGAAAAUAGAUAUUUUUAUAGUCAUCCCGGAACGUAACGCUCACAAAUAGUGGGGAUCUGUUGCAUAUAUGAAAAAUGUUUUCCCGCCUGAUGUUAAUGAGUGUAUAUGAUUUGGGCGUAUAUUUAUUAAAUACAUGAUGUGGUGGGCAUUUUGUAAUCAAAUAUGAACAACUAGAAAUAUUUUAUUUUUAACUACACUGGUAUCAAAUUUGUCUUCAUGACCUCCGACCACCGUUACUGUUACUGUCAUCAUGACCUCUUGAACCCAAAUCAGCUGACCUGUAUUCCCGCUUUUUGCACCCUGCAUCAUGUAUUGGUUUUAACUUAAACGGAAUAAAUGCAUUUGCUUCUGCUA